UUUUUUACUAAUACAUCAAACCGUUCCUUUUUUAGAUCAAGUAGCUAGUUACUGACAUUGUCAACCUCAGAGCUGUAGGGGUUCAUAACGUUAGCUAGCUAUAUUGUAUGUUUUCUCAGAAUGUGUGACUUUAUUCUAGGUUGACCUCCCGUUGUUUUGUUUGAAGAUGUACUCAAAAGUUGAUGUCAGACACAGUUAUCUUUGUUUACAUUGCGGCUCCGUGGAUGCUAGCUAUUUAACAGGCAAAAUGUCAGUGAUUUUUUUUUUUUUUUCUUUUUUCCGUCGUUGUCAAUCACAUCAACCCGAAGUUGAGUUUUCGCAAGAAAGAUUUGGAAUCAGACUUGAGUGAAGCUGACUGAAUGCACCUGGGAAGGGCCCUUUUCAUAUGUUGAAGGAACACUGAUUUUACAGAUGAAUUGCUGCUUGGCACAGGGGCUUGUGUCCUGACGCUGUGGGCAGGCACAUGUGCAUCUGGAGAGAUGGACCGCUGUAAACAUGUGGGACGCCUUCGCCUGGGCCACGACCACUCCAUCCUCAAUCCACAGAAAUGGCGCUGCGUGGACUGCUGCACCACCGAGUCCGUGUGGGCCUGCCUCAAGUGCUCCCACGUGGCCUGUGGCCGCUUCAUGGAAGAGCACUCCCUCAAACACUUCCAGGAGUCACGUCACCCCCUGGCCAUGGAGGUGCGGGAGCUGGACAUCUUCUGCUUUGCCUGUGGGGACUAUGUGCUCAAUGACAACGCUGAGGGAGACCUCAAGCUCCUGCGUGGGGCACUGUCCACUGUGCGCAGCUCUGGCAGGCGCUCCCUGCGCUCCUCUGCAGGGGGGGACUGCACUCCCUGGGUGGGCGAGGGCGGGCCUCAACCAGCCAUGCAAACAGCCCUGUGGCACCGGAGGAAGGUGCUGCUGGGGAAGAUGCUGCGCCACUGGAGGAGCCGGCAGCAGGAGGAACAGAACCAGCGGGAGGAGAAAUUUGAGCAGGAGAAGGAUGAGGUCCGGCGCCAGAAAAACGAGGUGAAGAGGAGACUCAUGGGAGAGUUUGACAAUUUGCAGCCAAGGAAGAGUGCCAGGCUGCUCACCCAGGCUCCUCGCUCAACCAUCACACUUAUCCCCCUGAAGUUCCGCGACCCUCCUGAGCGUCUGCCUCCACCCAAGAAGCCCUCCCUUCUAUCCCUGAAACCUCCCAGCAAUGGCAGGACUCGUAAACUCAGAGUGCGGAGGUACUACUCCCAUAAGGCAACCCAUCGGAGACUGGCCCCGGGGGUCACAGGGCUACGCAACCUUGGGAACACGUGCUACAUGAACUCUAUCUUACAGGUGCUGAGCCACCUGCAGAAAUUCAGGGAGUGCUUCCUCACAUUGGACAUGUGUGAGACUGAGGAGCUGCUGGCCAAGACCAACCAGGGUGUGGCAGGGGCUGUGGUUGGUGGUGGUAGUGUCGCCACACCAGGCUACCCUCUAGGUCUAGGACGUGGCAUGGAAAAGACAGGCAUAGGGGGUCUGCCCACGGGCAGCAAGCAGAGCUCGCCCCCCUGCCUAAAUGCAGCAGAACUGGUACAGCCCAAGGAGCCGCGCUCCUCCACCCGCCAGCAGAUGUCACUGUGCCAUGAGCUGCACACUCUGUUCAGGGUCAUGUGGUCGGGCCGCUGGUCGCUGGUGUCGCCCUUUGCCAUGCUGCACUCUGUGUGGAACCUGAUCCCAGCGUUCCGUGGCUAUGACCAGCAGGACGCACAGGAGUUUCUGUGUGAGUUGCUGGACAAGGUGCAGCAGGAGCUGGAAUCAGAGGGCAGCAAGCGCAGGAUCGUCAUCCCCAUCACCCAGAGGAAGCUGUCCAAGCAGGUGCUCAAGGUCCUCAACACCAUCUUUCACGGGCAGCUACUCAGCCAGGUGACGUGUCUGUCCUGUAAGCACAAGUCGAACACGGUGGAGCCGUUCUGGGACCUGUCCCUGGAGUUCCCAGAGCGCUACCACAGCACGGAGAAGGGCUCGGCUGCGUCUCUGGCCUACCAGCGCAGCUGCUCCCUCACUGAGAUGCUGGCCAAGUUCACUGAGACAGAGGCCCUGGAGGGCAGCAUCUACGCCUGCAACCACUGCAACAGGAAAAGACGAAAGACGUCCCACAAGCCCCUGGUUCUGUCAGAGGCAUGUAAGCAGCUGCUUAUCUACCGCCUACCUCAGGUUCUACGGCUGCACCUCAAACGCUUCAGAUGGUCAGGCCGGAACCACCGGGAGAAGAUCGGCGUCCAUGUGGCUUUUGACCAGGUUUUGAACAUAGAGCCCUACUGCUGCACAGACUCUGGCCAGUCGGUCAACCGAGAGGGCUACACCUACGACCUGUCUGCUGUAGUCAUGCACCACGGAAAAGGCUUUGGCUCAGGGCAUUACACCGCAUACUGCUACAACAGCGAGGGAGGUUUCUGGGUCCACUGUAAUGACUCUGAGAUGAACGUGUGCAGUGUGGAGGAGGUGUGCAACACUCAGGCCUACAUUCUGUUCUAUACCCAGAGGUCUGCCUAGACCCAUCUCCCUCCCACAUUUACACCCUACGCCAGGGUGGACUGUCUGCCUGGAGUCAACAACCAGGCCCAUCUGCCAAGGCCUGGCCUGUGUGACCGAGACCCACAUCUGGGUUUGUUUCCUAGAGGUCUGCUUGGUCAUGUUACACUCCCAUCUACUAGCUGUAAACCAGGAUGUAGCCUAGUUGUGUGUCCAGGUUUGAAACAACUCAGCCCACAUUUGUUGAGUCUGGUAGGCUUACAGCCAUGUGAGAGCUACUGAACGUUGUACCACAGGGGAAGGCAAUGUUGAUCCUGGAAUGCGGCAGUGUCAGCAAUGUUUUUUGCUCUAUCCAGCCUCAAGACCAGCUUUUGAUAAUAAUGAUUAAUUGCACAUCUAGUUAGUUAUAUUUUUCACCUGGUGUCAAAGUGCUUUACAUUGUAUAGGAGGUAACUUACCUCGUCCUCCAAUGUUUAUCUCCCUCCUGGGUUGAUGAACAGCAGCCAUUUGGAGUGGAAUCGGAAUCCUCCUGUGGCUCAACUAAUGGAGUUUUUCAUUGUGGCUCAGGAGUGGAGAUGAUUGAUUGCGUCAGGUGCUUCAGAGCCUGGGUGGAUUACGAGCCUGCAGAUACUAUCAGACACUCCAGAACCAAUGUUGCCUAGCCUACCUCUGUUCUGUAUUCUCAACCACAAUGAAAUGUCAGCCAAAAGCAUUUGUUUCCAACCCAGUUGUCAUCUGUAUCUCACUAUGACCUCUUGUUCAUACACAUUCUGCUGUGCAUAUCUCAGGCUUAAAGGCCUUGGUCUGGGCCAACGGAAUGAACAGGGAUAGAUGGUGUGUAGAUAUUCCUGUGUGUACUCUGUUUCCCUACGUUGAAUGGCGGUAUUGGGUUGUGUGGCAGGCAUCCACUUUGAAGAUGGAUGGAGACUAUUGAGCCAACUGGCGUCAUGCUGCACCUUUAUGGAGGAGGGGCUUAGCUUAUUGAUCCAAUGAUCAAUUGGCUUCUGAUCUUUUAAUGACUUCUGUAUCCUGUGGCAGCUCUCUUCUCCUACCUUAAUUGUAGAAGCUAGUUUGGGCUCUGGUUGGAGUUCGAUGUAUUUUAUCUCUGUUCAUGGAUAGAAAUAGAUGGAAGAGUGAACAAAGGACUGAGAAAUUGAAGAGUGUGUUGUUGUGAUAGGAGGGGGUACCCAUUUCACGAGUGGAUCACAUGCAAGCAAUAUACGUGUGACAUCAUGACAUCAAGAUAAAAUCAGGAAUUCUUCAGCUUUGUAAUACAAUGUAUUUUUUUUCUUCUACUCUGCUGUUUCUAUUUGGGGUCUUUUUAAGUUAAAUUUUCACUGGGAAGUUACUUUAAGUUAUACUGAACAAAAAUAGAAACGCGACAUGUAAAGUGUUGGUGCGAUCUUUCAUGAUUUGAAAUAAAAGAUCCCAGAAAUUUUCCAUAAGCGGAAAAUGUAUAUUUCUCUCAAAUGUGGUUCCCAAAUUUGUUUACAUCCCUGCUAGUGAGCAUUUCAACUGUGCCAAGAUAAUCCAUUCACCUGAUGUGGCAUAUCAAGAAGCUGAUUAAACCGCAUGGUUAUUACAAAGGUGCACCUUGUGCUGGGGUCAAUGAAAGACCGUUCUAAAAUGUGCAGUUUUGUCACAUAAUGCUACAGAUGUCUCAAGAUUUGAGGGAGUGUGCAAUUGGCAUGCUGACUGCAGGAAUGUCCACCAGAGCUGUUGCCAGAGACUUGAAUGUUCAUUUCUCUACGGUAAACUGCCUCUGUUAUUUUAGAGAAUUUGGCAGUAUGUCCCAACAGGCCUCACAACUGCAGACCAACUGUAACCAUGCCAGCCAAGGACCUCAACAUCCGGCUUCUUCACCUGUGGGAUCUUCUGGGACUAGCCAACCACACAGCUGAUGAAACGAAGAAUUUCUGCACAAACGUUCAGAAACCGUCUCAGGGAAGCUCAUCUGCUGGCUCAUCGUCCUUGACCUGACUGCAGUUCGGCGUCGUUACUGACUUCAGUGGACAAAUGCUCACCUUCGAUGGCCACUGGCACAAUGGAGAAGUGCGGUUCUUUUUUUUAUAUUUUUUAUACGUGUCUGUGACCAACGGCAGCAUAUUUGUAUUCCCAGUGGUGAAAUACAUAGAUUAGGGACUAAUUUAUUUUUCAAUGGACUGAUUUCCUUUAUGAACUGUACUCAGUAAAAUCUUUGAAAUUGUU